CAAGUUUGUAAAAGAAAUCAACACACCAACUACAAUUAAUAUACCAAAAUGGGCUUCAAAUAUCUAGUUUUGAUUAGCCUCUUAGUUGCAUUGCCAUUUGCUCAACCACAAUUGCUUGGUGGGAUUCUAGGCCCUCUUUUGGGCCUACUUAAAAUCCAAGGGAUUCUUUAUUGCACUCCUAAUGGCAACAUUGGUGUCAAUGGCACUUCCACUCCUGUUUUUCCUAAUGCACUGGUGCAGCUGCAGUGUGGUGGGACUGUAGUAUCUACCGCCGUGACAAACGGGUCGGGUCUAUUCUCGAUACUGCUGAACCCGGUCAAUUUUCUUCUGUCGACGCUAAUUUCGGGAUGCAAGCUUGUCGUGAACACGCCUCUUGCUUCAUGUAACGCGACUUUGCCGUCGGUAGGCGGCCUCGUCUCGGAGUUGCAGUUUAUAGGAAACACGCUUCUUGGCUUCCUCAACAUCCAAAAUCUCAUUCCGUCGGGAUUCCGGAUCGUCAAUUAGUAGUCGUAGCAAUCCAUAUAUAAUGUCACCGUAUAAAUAAAUGGAGCGUUGAUAAUUUCAAUUUUGUAUUUCUAAAAUACAUAUACAUGAAAUGAAACUGAAGUAUCUUUAA